CUUGGUAUGACAAGAGCUUAAAUACAAGUCCACGCGGAAGCCGAGCUGGUUUCCAACGAUAGGCAGGACCAGCUAGCAGCGUGCAAGCGCAGGUGUUGCCGAGCAGGGCUCAGACUGCGGGGACGAGCCAAACACGCUGAGAGCCUCCUACCUGGGUGAGGGGCAGCGGCAGGAGGCAGGGACUAAGUAGCUAGUUACACAAGGAGGGGGAAAAAAGAAAAACAAACAAGAAAAAAAAAGAAAGAUCCCAACCUGAGUUUGUGCUACAAACUUUCUGCCUGCGGUCGCCGUGGGUGUACUGGGGGCAGUGUAGCAUGCUCAGGAAAGCUGCUGUCACCACAGCCUCUAAUGGAAACUACUCGCAGGGGCAAUGCAACGGCCGGUUGCCCUCCCUGGGCAGCGGGCAGCCGGCCCAGGAGGCGAAGGUGGUGCUGAAGCAGAAGGUGACGCUCCUGAGGGGGAUAUCCAUCAUCAUCGGCACGAUCAUCGGCGCCGGCAUCUUCAUCUCGCCCAAGGGGAUCCUGCAGAACACGGGCAGCGUGGGCAUGUCCCUCUGCGUCUGGGUCGCCUGCGGCGUCCUCUCCCUCUUCGGUGCCCUCUGCUAUGCUGAACUAGGAACAUGCAUUAAGAAAUCUGGUGGUCACUACACCUAUAUCCUGGAGGCCUUUGGUCCGUUACCUGCUUUUGUGAGAGUCUGGGUUGAAUUGCUCAUCAUCCGCCCUGCUGCCACAGCAGUGAUAUCGUUGGCAUUUGGACGCUAUAUUUUGGAACCUUUCUUUAUGCAGUGUGAGAUCCCAGAACUUGCAAUUAAACUUAUUACAGCUGUUGGCAUCACGGUGGUGAUGGUCCUGAAUAGCACAAGUGUCAGCUGGAGUGCCCGUAUUCAGAUUUUCCUUACCUUUUGCAAGCUUGUAGCAAUUCUGAUAAUUAUAGUCCCUGGAGUUAUCCAGCUAAUUAAAGGAGAAACACAGCACUUUAAAAAUGCCUUUGCGGGGAAUGAUGCCAGUGUUAUGGGGUUACCACUUGCUUUCUAUUCAGGAAUGUAUGCUUACUCAGGCUGGUUUUACCUCAAUUUUGUUACUGAAGAAGUGGAAAACCCUGAAAAAAACAUACCCCUCGCAAUAUGCAUUUCAAUGAUUAUCGUCACAGUUGGCUAUGUGUUAACAAACGUGGCUUAUUUCACUACAAUCAGUGCUGGGGAACUGCUGCUUUCAAAAGCUGUAGCAGUGACGUUUGCUGAACGUUUAAUGGGAAACUUUUCUUUAGCUGUACCAGUAUUUGUUGCUCUUUCCUGCUUUGGCUCUAUGAACGGUGGCAUUUUUGCUGUCUCCAGGAUGUUCUUCGUUGCCUCCCGCGAGGGUCACCUUCCGGAAAUCCUCUCCAUGAUUCAUGUCCGCAAGCACACUCCUCUGCCAGCUGUCAUUGUUUUGUACCCUCUCACGAUGGUGAUGCUGUUCAAUGGGGAUCUCUACAGCCUUCUGAAUUUCCUCAGUUUUGCCAGGUGGCUUUUUAUUGGACUAGCAGUUGCGGGGUUGAUUUAUCUCCGAUAUAAACGUCCUGAUAUGCCUCGUCCUUUCAAGGUGCCUCUAUUUAUACCAGCACUGUUUUCUUUCACCUGUCUCUUCAUGGUUGCACUGUCACUUUACUCUGAUCCAGUCAACACAGGGAUUGGAUUUGCAAUAACCCUGACUGGAGUUCCUGCCUACUACCUCUUUAUCAUAUGGGAUAAGAAGCCGAAGUGGUUCAGAAAGCUCUUAGACAGAGUAACUAUAACACUGCAAAUCCUCUUGGAAGUUGUCCCAUCAGAGGAAGAACAGAAAUUAUGAUCUUCACAUACCUGAAAAUGCAGCUUUUGACUUGAUGUUUCAUUUCAACGUGAGGAAGAGGGUAGGGAGAUUUCUUCCCAUCCUAAUCUACAAACUGGAAGAACAAGUCACAGUUGAGAUGCAUACUGAAUAAGUCAGUCACCAGAGCUGUAUUUUAUCAUGUUGCAAAGAUUUUUAAUGUGGUUGAUUUAUAUGUAGAAAGCGAGCACAGAAGCAACAAGAGAACACCUCUCUACUAUUUCUUCUAUUACAGCGUCAUAUUUUAACAAACCAUAGGUUCUUCAAACUAGGAUUUUUUUUUUUUUACAUUAUCACUGAAAAUACGUUUAGGCAAUGUUUAAGUAAUAGUUGGGUAUACUGUGAAGAAUGUAUCCUACUUUCUAUCCUUGAAGAACCUAAUUCUCACCAGAAAGAGGGUGAGAUAAAGCUGCUGAGUUUCAGUGACUAACAUUCUUCACGUCACUGUGACUGGCAGCCGUUUUUUACUACUUUUGUCUCAGUGGGAGCACCAGCACACUGAUGCAGAAAUACAAUGGUUUCUACCACCUUUGCUGUGGCAAGUUCAAGGUUAUUUUGUUUCAGAGUUGUUGCAACAUAACAUACAGAAGCAUCUUCUGAGAACAAAUUAUUUCUGCCAGUGGGGCAGGUAGCUUUUAGCCAUAGGGCAGUAAUUUCCUACCUUUUAAAGUUUCUACCACUCUGAAAAUUAUUACUGAUUUUACUGAUGUUUCUUUGUGUAUAUAUACAUAGGAAAUACAGCAACAAAGUAAUCGCCUUCUACAAGUAAAACAAACCAUUUGAAUGUGACCUCCACUGGUGUACGAAUAUUUUUCUAUCUGGAAACAUAUGGACCUGCAGGUAUCAGUCAGGCAAAGCUGCUUUUAAAAUUUUAUAUAGCUGUUGGUAGACAGAACUGAAUAGUAGUCACUGGUUAUAUAAUCAGUGGCAAUUCUGUACAGACAUGGCAAUAAAUGCAAUACUAUUUUAUGAGUAAGAUGUAAGGCAAGCUACAACAGGUUUGUUGAUUUGAGUAGGGCAUGUGCCUAAUCUGCGGGCUUUUAUUCGAGCACAUUCCAAUUAACUGGGCUUUUGAACACCAUGAAAGAGGUGCUCAGCCAACAUCAUCUUCCUGGUUUUAUCUCAGCUGAAACAGGAAGAAGCUAUCAAAACUGAUAAAAUCAAACUAAAUUGAAGUUUCGUCUUUAGAAUAACAUUUAAGCUGAGUUUUGGCUCAAAUAUGAGUUGAAGUUUUGUCCUUUUUAUUAAA